AUGAACAAGUCAAAGGAAAUAUUCUAUGAUAAGGAGAAGAAAUUCUUCCUUUAUUUGAUGGUAUACGUGAGCAGGUUUUUUAUGAACGAUGAGGAAAUAGUAAUAUUCGAUCUGUUUGUCAAUAAUGAAUGUCUAUAUUUAGAAAAAGAUUUAAUUAAUAAUAUUAAUAUGAACGAGCAGAAAAUAAGAAGCAUUUUAACUAAAUUUUUAAAGGACAAAUUUAUUAUCCAAGUACAAAAAAAUAAAAAUAAUGAAAAGGGAAGCUCCUAUCAGACUUAUUAUUGUCUGAACAAUUAUAUUGUAUAUGUUAUUGACUACAGAAUAAAGCAAAUGGAAAGUGAGCUCCAAAAAAAAAAAAGCGAGAGCGAUAUAUACAUUUGUAAUUUUUGUAAUGCUACAUAUUCACAACUGGAUGCUCAGACACUUCCCCUGGAUGCAUACGACGCGCACUUCCUAUGCUUCUGCAAUAACAAAAUAGAUUUAAUAGAAAAGGACGACAGCAGCAACGAGCACAUGUAUAAUAAAUACACGAAAUACUUAAACAUCUUAAAGGAGCAUAUAGAAAAGCUAAAGAACUAUUCCAUACCGUUGUAUACAGAAAAAUUUAGUAGAAAGAAUUUGAAUUCAUCCAACUCGUUUGUAACAGAUAAUUCUUCAGACGAGUCGGCUACAAACAAUUCUUCGGAGCUGUCCUUGACCAAUAACUCUUCCUUGAUUUCUCAAAAUCAAGCAAAACAAAUUGUCGAAAAUGGUAAGAGCAAAAAAGAAGAAACGUACACAGACACAUGCAGCAGUGUCAUAAAAACAGACAAAAAAAUAAAAAUUUGCAUGAAUGUGCAAGGUAAAAAUAACAUAAAAAAAUUGCCAAAUGCGGAUUUUACAAAAAUGGUAAUUACUCCAAAGAAUGAUGAAAAAGAAGAAAAUGCAAUUGAUAAGAAUAAAGAGAUAAGUAAAAAUAAAAAUGAUAAUAUUGUUGAGGAAUCUAAAUGUGAAAAAAAUAAAGAUGAUAAACAACAAACGGAUGAACCGGAGUUACCCCUUUUUUUUAUACAAAAAUUUAAUAAAAAAUUUACCCUAAUCAACGCCCAAAAACUACAACAAGACAUGACGCAAGAAGAAUUUGAAGAAUUUAUGGAUUUGCAAGACGAAUACUUAGAUAAAAUAUGA